UUGAAGUUGGUCAUUCAAAUUUCCGGUGUCGGGUCACAUGACUGAACUUCUACCUGAACUCUACAGACCGUGAAUUCUCCGAUCUUCAUUGAGAACUUAACAAGUGGGCUUUCAUCAUGCGUGGACUGAUCUGUGGACCUAAACUCGCUGCAUUCGGGAUCGUGCUGAGCGCGUGGGGCGUGAUCAUGUUGGCCAUGCUGGGUAUUUUCUUCACCACACACUCAGCAUUGCUGAUCGAGGACAUACCUCUGAGGAGUAAGGACAUCCAUCCAGGUCCUAACCCCCUGGAUGGUAUCCACAUGCUGUACAACAAGGUGGGCUAUAACUGCUUCAUAGCAGCUGCUGUGUACGUGGUGUUUGGAGCUCUGUCUUGCUGCCAGAUGAGGCUGAACCAGAAGAAGGAGUAUUUGGUACAUUGAAGAUCUUCCACCAUGCUGACCUCAGGAGGUUCCUCUAAAACCUCACCUGGAGAUUGCUGGGAGCCAUCUCUUUCUGAUCCGACCUCUCAUCUUAACAGGAAGUGAUGCUGCACUUAAUACCACAUUUCUGAUUAUUGUCACUGUUGGGAAUGAUUGAAAUAAUCUGUCUGUGGACACUGGUCCUGUCAGCAGUGACUGAUGGAUGUGUUGU